AGCCGACACCGAUAUCCAUCGGUGAUGUGCUGCUGUCUCUUCUCGACUGGCGAUGCCGCCGACUCGAGCGCACUCCUCGUCGACCGAUUGCGGUCGCCGCGCGGGCCGCGGGUCGCUGACUGGAGUCAAUGCGAGUGGGGCGAGCAGCUCGGUGCAGGCGCCUUCGCGCAGGUUUGGGCGGUGCGGCUUCCGCCGUUCGGGGACGUGGCGGCCAAGGUCCUCCGAGAAGAUCAGCGCGGUGACCGGGCCGCCGCCUCGGACAUCGCACGCGAGGCCAGCCUCGUGUGCCGCUUGUGCCACCCUCAUGUGCUGCACGGGCUGCUGGCGCACGACCACCCGGCGCACGGCACCGUGCUGGUGCUGCCGCGCAUCGCCUGCACGCUCGCGCAACACUUCCGCCCCCCCACGCAGCGCACGCCCUGCGACGACUGGCGGCUCGCGCGCGACUGGCCGCUGCGCCGCGUGCUGCUCGUCGGCCUGCAGCUGGCGUCGGCGCUCGACUACCUGCACGAGCACGCACUCGCGGAGCACCACGUGCUGCACCGCGACCUCAAGCCGGACAACGUCGGCCUGCUCGGAGAGAGAGGGCCGCGUGGCGUGCCCUGCCUGCUCGACUUUGGCUGCGCGCGCAUGGUGCCAAAGGCGGCCGCGGCUGCAGCUCCGCGCCGCCUCGCCUCGCCGCCCGCCGCGGCGCCGCCGCCCGACACCGCCGCCGCCGGAGAGGCGCUCGCUCCGCCGGAGAUGGGGGCGGCGGCGGCGGCGGCGGAGGGAAUUUGCCCAACCCGAACCCAGGACCCUUAG